AGUGCGCAUGCGUCACCUUGUUUAGUAUCACCGCGUCGCAGUAUAACGUGAAAAACGUUGGCUAUAUACGAUUUCCAAGACGACUUUGAUCCAUUUCAACAGCCAUUCCACCAUCAUGAACUACCUAGUGCUUUCAGUGGUCCUGGCUGCUUUGAUUGGAGGGGCGUUUGGUCAGUUUACUUUCUCGUGUGGUCAAGAGGCGGUCGAUCAGGGUGUAGACGAAUGCCCCAGGAAGAAUCGGAUUUGGCCCUUAAAGGAUGACCCGGAUGGCAACAUGAAAUGCUGCAUCAUAAAUGAUCAAAUCGUGCCCAUCUAUGGAUGCUGCGCGGGAAUGCCUGCCUAUGUCUACGGCGGCGGGGCCGGCGUUUCGGUGAUUCUCAUUAUCUCCAUCGCCCUGUGCUGCUGGUGCUGCUGCCGCAAGAAGAGGCAACAGCCUGGCUUCAUCAUGUUCCAGAACCCACCAGUCGUGGUGCAAGCGGCUCAACAGGCCGACAGGACAAGACCGGUCUAAGUUACCGGGAGAUACUUGUGCCGAGGCAAGACCGCCAUGAUUGAUUGUUUAAGCAUUUUAGCAGUUAAUUUGUCAAUGUUUGAUCGCGUCGCAUCAGUAAUUGCGUGCGGUUGUGAAUCUGAAAUGUGGAUAUGAUAUUCCGCACAGUCGGGCAAGUUACUUGUGAAAUUUAUACUGGUAUUAUAGUACGUAGUAUAAUGGUUGUCCACGGAAAAUUUUUAGAUCAUCGGACAAUUUGGAGAGACGUUCAUAUUUUGACCCGUUUCACUUCCGCCAAUAAGAAAAAUCUAAUAACACGCCCCCUAUUGCCAAAUUAGCGAAUAUCAAAAUUUAUUUUUUCAUGAAAUGAUUUCUUUAUAUCUGUUGACUUGUCACAGCAAAUAUCUUUUGAAUACCUCUCCAAAUAUGGACUUGAUAGUUAAAAACAUGCGUCUAAUUCAUAGGUCUACAGAACCUACGCAUAUUUAAUGGUGGUCUUGUCUCUGUUAGCGUUAAAAGGCGGUCCGGUGCCAUUACAUUGGAACCUCCCUAAGCGGACACCUCUCUAUUAAGGACAACCUCUCUUUUGAGGACACUAGUUAGGUCCCAAAUUGGUACUUUCCAUUCAAUUUUAUCACUUUAAUCAGGACACCUCUCUAUUAAGGACAGCACUUGCCUGUCUCGAGGGGUCCUAAAUAGAGAGGGUUUAAAGCUUAAAUACAAUGCUUUCAGUUCAGUGAUUUGAUAUGUACUUGUUUUUUCCGUUUUUUGGCGCUUAUAUAACUCUAUUUGGCGCACAUUUGUAGUACACCUGUAUAUUUAGAGGAGAACGCCGUGGUCCAGAAAAAUAGAAAUGCGGUGCUGUAGUGAAGUUAUUAUGCAUGCAAAUUUUCUGAAACUUGGAAGUACAUAUAUUUGUACAUCUAACUUAUAUUCAAUAUGUAUUUACACGAUUUGAUAUUUUGACAAUAGAUUACAAAUUUGAAUUUUCUAACGAGCGGAGCGGGCGUAAGCCUUUAUUUGACUAAAUUGUAUAUCACAGCAGAGAAAGCAGAGUCCAGAGUGUGUAGUGUAGUUUCGACUCGCCAGGGGGCGGCUUAUCAUCAUGUCACCAGUGGUUUCAACGUACUCCGCCUCUCGAUAUUUCAAUAUUUGUACACAAGGAAGCGGUAUGAAAAACGUGAAUCUCAGGAUGGCCUAAAUGCAUCCCUAGCCUCCUGUUUAUGAAAUAGCAGCUGUUAACCUGCGGACUUGUGGGGCUUAUUAAAAACUGAGAGAUGCGGAGUGCGUAACCGCGAGAUGCCAACCUCGGUGAGAGCGCCGCAAAGAUUUGUAUUGCAAACACGGAACCUGAAAAGGUGAACAUUCAUGAGACCGAGGCUCUAGUGGGGAGCAGUCCUUAUUUUGAUUUACGUACACUUAGAUGCGGGAUUUUUUGUGGCCAUCAUAGCAUGUAGCGGUUUAAUCAAAGAUGGCGUCCAAUGAGCUAGUGUUAAUUUUGUGUGUGGCGGCGUAGCAACUCUCCCCCAAGAAGUCACCUAAAACCUGAUUUUGACCAUGGUUUUAGCCGAAAAAUUUCAAGAAGUCAGGUCAUUACGUCCCCCCGAGACCCUUUGCUCCACCAAUGGUCUCACUAGCCAGUGGUGAUCAGGUCAACAUUGGUCCCCCUUAAAAAAAAAGUUCUUCAAUCUCAGGCGAUUACCAUGGAUACAGAUAAGCCUAUCAUAUCGCUAUUGCUGCAUGUUCAAAUGUCGGUGUCCUGGGUAUUUUGUGAAGAGGUAGCUCUGACGAUUAUUUGAGGAAAAUAUCAGCUUCUUCUGUGCACGUCCGCAGUGACCAGGCCUCGCAUGCUAUGUAUAGCUCAAUCGGAUGUUGACAUGAACUGGUUCCUGUCAGAGUGCACAUGUUCUCAAGGUGAGACUUCGCGGUCAAAAUGCUCAAAGAAAAGCCGCAACGACACCCUAUUUUGGUAUCAAAAUUUAAAAUUGUUAUUAUUUUGCUUUCUCAAGGUGAUAAGUAGAAGUUUAUAAAAAUAUUAUUUCACCAUCCAUGUUAAUCGUCAAGUUAUAAGGCGGCAAGGUGAAAUUUUCAAAAUUUUCAUCGAUGUACAGGGUGUCUCAUGUAUUGUGCUGCCCCCAUGUUCUCAUGACUGAAUUACUUGAUAACAAUGAAAGCUGGUCAGAAGUAUUCUAGAAGCGGCAAGCUAUUCAGAAAUGUAUAGGUUUAUGUGUGAGAGUGAUAUACUGCAAGGUCGACAGCCACUUGAACAGGGGUAUGCAUGAAAUGACGUCGCGCCAUUUGUGGAGCCAGGUAGGCCCGGCCAUUGCACUGGCUAGUGAGACCUUAAUCAAAAUACCAAUAAAAGUGAAAUCAUAAAAUAUGAUAAUAAAUGUCAUUUUGAACAUCAUUUGACUUCAUCGAAUGCAUUCGGGUGGAUAAAGAUGCUUUCAUCUCAGUUCAUGGACCAAAAAGGCCUCCACAGCUGAGGUGUGCUGUUACUCGAAUUCCCUCUGAAUUCCGCUUUCUGAACGAAUUUGAAAAUGGGUGAAGUGCUGAGUUUGCCUAUGAUUUUGAAUGGAUCACCACUGGAAGCUAUUCUUGUUGGACCUGUCAUGUAGGACACCAAAAUGUUUGUAUCAAUCCAGAUUUUCAUAUUUUGUAGUAAAAAGGGGAAAUAUGAGACUGCAUGUUACCAUUAAGGUCUCACUAGCCAGUGGUGAUCAGGUCAACAUUGGUCCCCCUUAAAAAAAAAGUUCUUCAAUCUCAGGCGAUUACCAUGGAUACAGAUAAGCCUAUCAUAUCGCUAUUGCUGCAUGUUCAAAUGUCGGUGUCCUGGGUAUUUUGUGAAGAGGUAGCUCUGACGAUUAUUUGAGGAAAAUAUCAGCUUCUUCUGUGCACGUCCGCAGUGACCAGGCCUCGCAUGCUAUGUAUAGCUCAAUCGGAUGUUGACAUGAACUGGUUCCUGUCAGAGUGCACAUGUUCUCAAGGUGAGACUUCGCGGUCAAAAUGCUCAAAGAAAAGCCGCAACGACACCCUAUUUUGGUAUCAAAAUUUAAAAUUGUUAUUAUUUUGCUUUCUCAAGGUGAUAAGUAGAAGUUUAUAAAAAUAUUAUUUCACCAUCCAUGUUAAUCGUCAAGUUAUAAGGCGGCAAGGUGAAAUUUUCAAAAUUUUCAUCGAUGUACAGGGUGUCUCAUGUAUUGUGCUGCCCCCAUGUUCUCAUGACUGAAUUACUUGAUAACAAUGAAAGCUGGUCAGAAGUAUUCUAGAAGCGGCAAGCUAUUCAGAAAUGUAUAGGUUUAUGUGUGAGAGUGAUAUACUGCAAGGUCGACAGCCACUUGAACAGGGGUAUGCAUGAAAUGACGUCGCGCCAUUUGUGGAGCCAGGUAGGCCCGGCCAUUGCACUGGCUAGUGAGACCAAUACCAAAAGCUAGCUUCGCCCCCGCUCUGAAGGACACGGAACAGUGAUGUGUCACGUUAGAUGUUGGACUAUUGUAUGCACAUGUAAUUGUAGAAUAAAGGUGACUAGUUAUGUAAUCGAUCUGUAAUAUAUGUAGUUAAGUCGCCGGUAUAUUAACCCUUCACCAUACGCAGUUCGUACCCGGCAUAGUCGUGGGUCGGAGAGAUGAGGAACCAGACAGUGCAGUGACGGCGGAUAUGAGACCGUCCAAAUGCAGUCGGUUCUUACAUGUAAAUGUGGGCUUAAAUGAUAUGUAUAGUUUCUCCGUGGCUGCCCCUUAUCUCUGGAAUCGACUCCCCAAAGCAAUUACAUCUGCUGAGACCCUCACCCAAUUCAAAUCCCUUCUUAAAACACACUUGUCCAAUCUUCGCUUCAAAAAAUAGAGGACGUAGCGCUUUGAGCAGGGUGACCUGGAAAGGCGCUUUACAAAUUCUAUAUUUAUUUUAUAUUUCAUGUACUAAACUUCCUUUUAAUAUUUAAUUUAAAUAAUAGCAUUAUUAUUAAAAUAUGACUUGCAAUAAAAGGAGUGUCAAAAAUCAUUCCUAUAAAUAGUCAUGUUUUGAACUGUAUUAUAAAGUUGACAUUUUCUAUGUUGGAUGUGCGUAUGUCUGGAAUAAAUCUUCUCAACAAAAUCUUGA